UUCUUCUGUCUCAGUGGUCAGUUGAGCGCUGCCCUUGAACAGGUCUGAAGACACCAGGCUCUCUCUUGAGCUGGGCCUGUUCAGGGACUGCAGGCGAGGCUGGGCGGUGAGAAAUUGAGAACUACUGCUAACUAUGGCAGCACCUCCGCCUGGCCGGGAAGAAGCCCAGAAGUACAAAUCAUUACAGCCCAAGGAUGAUGUGGGCACAAGAAAAGGGUUUCGACGCUACAAGUGGGAAUUCAAAGACAGCAAUAGAGAAUUCUGGACGUCGGGACACGCCGAGGUCAAGGUACUGACUUUGGCCUUCAUCAUCGCUGGACUACAACUCUUCGAAUCGGUGGCCACACACCCGAUUCUGAUUCUGCUUCUCACUAUGGAACUGUCCUUCUUCGCUUUCUUCAUCUUCCUUUACUCCUUCGCCAUCAAUAGAUACAUGCCCUUUGUCUACUGGCCUAUCGCUGAAUUCUUCAAUGACUUCUUCUCCUUUGUGUUCCUGGUAGGCGGCAUAAUCUUUGCUGCAAAGGCUAGAAAUACGAUGCCAAUAGCCUACGUAUCAGCUAUGAUCCUUAUGGGAGUUGCUGCAUUUUUUUCUAUUGUCGACCUAUGUCUUCAAAGGAGACACCUCAAAGGCAAGAAGCUCAGAAAGCUAGCUCUGCUUGCUCCAGACAAGGACGGCAGGAUGCCAGACCCAAAGCUUCAAGCCAUGCUGGAAGCUGCCAAAGAGGAAGAGGAGGCAAGGUUACAGAAGGAGAAAGAAGAGAAGGAGAAGGAAGAAAAAGAGAAGAAAAAGAAGGAGAAAAAGGAAAAGAAGAAGAAGGAGAAAAAAGAAUGUGUACAGCACAGGAGAUAG